AUGGGUCGGGUGAGUAUACGGACAAGUGCCGUGGUGCUUGUGACAGCGAGCGAGGUGUCGGCGCGCGUCGCCGGCAAGAUGGGCGGCUACUCCAACAAGAAGGGAGGAAAAUCGACAAGCGGCAUAAACGAAGAGAUCAUCUGGAUCAGCAUAAGUAUGGCGAUAGCUAUAGCAGUGCUUAUAGCUAUUGCGCUCUGCUACAUACUUAAGGAGAAAUGCUCAAAAAGACAAGCGUACAAAGAGCAAUCAUGACGAUACAAAGAGGAGUUUGCGAAACACGCCCUCGCAUCCUCCAUGACUGAGUUGGAAUUCCCGUCGUACACUUUGUAUCCACAGUAUUCUCCUGACGGCAAGGAAUAUUAUUACAAUUUCCAUCGCUUUUCAUAUUUAAGAAAUAGCUUCAAGCUACCGCCUAAAGAUUAUCCAAUCAAACAGAAGGAGGAGGUAUACAUCAAUGCGUGAUGCCAUUUCUU